AUGGACGGCCAUGACCUCCAGGAUGCUGCGGGCAAUGAUCUCCGGAAACCCCCCCAAAAAUCUCCCUUAAUUUCGCCCAUUCCGUCAGCCGAUGCUCAACCUCCAACCCUACGUCGUGUCGGUGACAGCCCCUCUAUAAUGAGCCCUUCCUCCACUCCUCUUGGCCUUAUCAAUGCCGCCCGGAAGCCACCUACUGUUCCUCCUACCUCUACCACACGGUCCAGCGGCUUGCAUCAGGAUAUCCAGGCCAAAAUGAAGGCAUUUUCACUUUCCAGACAAGGUGCUCGUCCAGGGCUGAGCCCGCAAUCAUCUUCAACCGCCAAUCCUGGUACCGGAAACCCUACAGUGACUUCUGCGGUCCAGGGCGGCCCGUUUGUCGGUGGCAUUCCUCCCACCAGUGGCCGAGGCACUCCUCAGGUAGUUGGUGGCCCUAUUCCACCGGGAAUCGGCAGAUUACCGUCACAGACAUCCCCUGGGUGGACACCGCAUCCACCUAGUCCAAAUCCAAAUAGCCCAAUACAACCAAAGAUGGGUGGUUUGGCUGCGAAAAGAGGAUUAACCCGUGGAAUGAAGUUAUCCGAUGCUUCGGGCCCUCGAAUGGACAAACCCACGCCGGCGAAACCGGGAAGUCUCCCCGGUGCGAACGAUGCCUCGCGGUGCGCUGGAGGAGCCCCAGAGACGCAGUUCAGCAGGUACUCAGAGUUUGUGGAUACGAAAACGGGUACUCUGAAUUUUAGGAACAAGGCGAUUAUACAUAGCGGUGGCAUAGACUUUACCUCGGGAAGCAGUUUCAACAUAUCUCUAGACGAAGUCGAUACGCUUGAUGAACUGGGAAAAGGGAACUACGGCACCGUCUAUAAGGUUCGCCACUGUCGUCCGCAUCUGCGAAGACCUGGCGUGGGACUGCGGGGUACCGUAUCCAGGCAAACUGUGGCCCAAUCCACUUCUACGCCAGCCUCUAGCGGUCCCACCUCUAAGAAUACCUCCAACGUUAUCAUGGCCAUGAAGGAGAUCCGCCUCGAAUUGGAUGAGGCAAAAUUUACCGCUAUUAUUAUGGAGCUUGACAUCCUUCACCGCUGUGUAUCGCCGUUUAUCAUUGAUUUCUACGGUGCUUUUUUUCAGGAAGGUGCAGUGUACAUUUGUGUGGAAUACAUGGAUGGUGGGUCUGUGGAGAAAGUGUACGGCGAUGGGAUCCCCGAGAAUAUACUUCGGAAAAUCACCCUUUCUACUAUCAUGGGCUUGAAGUCAUUGAAAGAUGAACACAAUAUCAUCCACCGAGAUGUCAAGCCGACUAACAUUUUAAUGAACACGCGCGGUCAGAUUAAGAUUUGCGACUUUGGUGUUAGUGGGAACCUGGUGGCGAGUAUCGCGAAGACAAACAUCGGCUGCCAAAGUUAUAUGGCUCCCGAACGGAUUGCAGGAGGUGGCGGCACCGCAGGCGGUGGAACCUACAGUGUGCAGAGUGAUAUAUGGAGUUUGGGCCUGACUGUGGUUGAAUGUGCUAUGGGCCGCUAUCCAUAUCCCCCUGAAACAUUCAAUAACAUAUUUAGCCAGUUGAACGCCAUCGUCCACGGCGACCCUCCCAAGCUCCCUGAACACGGCUACUCGCCUGAAGCCAAAGAUUUCGUCCAGAGAUGUCUGAACAAAGACGCGUCCCGCCGACCCACAUACUCCAUGCUCCUUCGCGACCCUUGGCUAUCCUGCCUCAUGAAGCCGCCUGAGGACAAUCCACCAACCAAGGCCGAAGAAGAAUGCAAGGCAGGCAUCGACAACGACAACGAAAAUGUCGACGAUAAAGACGCAACUACCAACAACAAAAAGCCACAUCCGUCUUCUCUCAUUGAAACAGCCGAUGAGGAAGUCGCCACAUGGGUUUUGGACGCGCUGGACCGCCGUGCAAGAGGCGUCAUGGGAAAUCAGCACCGGCCGGCGUUGCAUGCUGUGGCGCUUGAUGCUGUGCCGGGGACCCCGAUGUUGGACGGCCCGUCAUCGUUGCCAUCGAAAUGA